GUAAAAGAAGUUAUUUGAGGAAGGGGAACAUUGGUACGCGCAUCGAAACUCGAAACAGACGUAUAUUAAUCGACUCCAGUUCAGGUUCGACGUCUAACGGAGUAAAGCUAUAGGCGAAUAGACGAAAAUCUGGAAAAUGGAUUCCAGUUGGCUGAUGUACAAAUCAUCACAAGAAUCGGGCACAAUUUCAACAUUCCGUAAUCCUUUUCUCCGUAGACCCUGGCUUGCAGAUUCUGGACUUGCGGCGGUUGCCGGUAGUAGUAGUUUGAAAGGAAUUAUAGCUGGUGGUAUCACCGGUGGCAUAGAAAUAUGUAUUACAUAUCCAACGGAAUAUGUAAAGACACAAUUGCAACUUGAUGGAAAAAGUGGAGCAGGCAAACAGUAUUCAGGAAUAUGGGAUUGUGUGACAAAAACUGUAAAAAAUCAUGGAACUUUGGGUCUCUACAGGGGCUUAUCUAUUUUAGUUUAUGGCUCAAUACCUAAAUCAGCAGUACGUUUUGGUUCUUUUGAAACAAUGAAAGAAUUAUUAGUAGAUGAAAAUGGCAAACUUACUACUCAAGCCAGCUUCUUAGCAGGAUUAUGUGCUGGUGCAUCUGAAGCUAUUUUUGCAGUUACUCCUAUGGAAACAAUCAAAGUAAAAUUUAUUAAUGACCAAAGAUCUGCUAAUCCAAGGUACAAAGGAUUCUUACAUGGAGUAAGAAUGAUUAUUAAAGAAUAUGGAUUCAGAGGUGUAUACCAAGGAUUAACACCUACAAUUUUAAAACAAGGAUCAAAUCAAGCAAUUAGGUUUUGUACUAUGGAAACUUUAAAUGACUGGUAUAGGGGUGGAGACAAAAAUGUAGAUGUACCCAAAGUAAUUGUUGGGAUAUUUGGUGCAUGUGCUGGUGCAUUAUCAGUUUUUGGAAAUACUCCCAUUGAUGUUGUUAAGACUAGAAUGCAGGGCUUAGAGGCAUCGAAAUAUAAAAAUAGUGUAGACUGUAUGAUUCAAAUAUGGAAAAAUGAAGGUCCAACUGCCUUUUAUAAAGGAACUGUGCCAAGAUUAAGUAGAGUAUGUUUAGACGUUGCCCUCACAUUUGUGAUAUAUAAGUCCUUUAUGGACUUUUUCAAUCGAGUUUGGACAUGA